CGUCCUCUGGGCAUCUCUCCGACCGACCUGUGUGUUUGAGAGAGUCAUCCCGGGCCUCUAACCAUGAAGACCUACGUGCUGUUAGGAUCACUGCUGCUGGUGUUGGGGAGCGCGCACGUCCUCGGUGCGCCGGUGGCCGAGGCCGGCGUGGAGCCGGGCUCGUGUGAGGACGCGUCGGCCAAGGCCGCCGCAGAACUGGCCCUCGACAAGAUCAACCACGACCGGGCGGAGGGCUACGUCUUCGGCCUGCACCGCCUCUCCAACGUCCACAUGAAGCAACAUGGAGAGAUCGGCACGGUUUUCUACCUGACCCUGGACGUUGUCGAGACAAACUGCAGCGUCCUCAGCAGGAAGGUGUGGAAGGACUGUGAGAUCCGCAGCGAAGCUGAAACACCGGUUUACGGACAAUGCAAAGCCGCCAUCUACAUCAGCAAGCCGCACAGAGUUGUGCGCCUCUACAAAUACAGCUGCACCGUCAGACCAGUGCCUGGAGCCAGAGUGGGAGCAAUGUGUCCCGACUGUCCCACUCACCUUGACAAGGACAGCGCUAAUGUCCAGAGGGCCCUGACUCUGUCCAUGGAGAAGUUCAACAAAGAGAGCGGGCUGGCCAAUCGCUUCGCCGUGCUCAACGUCACCCGUGCAACUGCCGGAAUGGCCAUGGGUAUGUAUUACAACGUGGAGUACACCAUCCAGGAGACGACCUGCCGCCGUGACGCGGCAGGAGCGGCUGCCGAUAAGUGUCCCUUCAUGGAAUGCGAGUUCGCUCACAAGGGCUUCUGUAAGGGAUCCCUCUUCAAUACUCCCAGCGGGGAAGAGACCAGUGUAGAGUGUGAGAUCUACGAGCCUGAGGCCGCUGAGAGAGAGAAGAAGCUCCACCUGCUGGGCGGCGAGACCGACCACAGCCACAGCGACCACCACCACCACACGCACGACCACGGCCCCGGCCCAGGCAGCGCCCACGACCACGGGCACGAGCUCGCCCUGGACCACGAGCACCACCACGGCCACCUGCACGACCACGAGCACCACCAUCACCACGGCCACACCCACAAGGGCGCGGUCCACAACCACCCCGUGGGGAAGGUGAUCGUCCUGCCCCCCGUCGGCCAGCCCAUGAUCCUGCCUUCCUUCCCCGACGAGCCCGUCGGCCCCGUCGGAGUCACCCUGCCCCUCAAACCCGACCCCCAGAUCCCCGGAGAGACGGAACCAGUAAUCGAGUCCUUCCCCACCGGCCUCUCAGCCCAGUGCCCCCCUGUGUUACCGGGACCACGAUUGGUGGAGCAGAUGUUUCACGAGGACCCCGAGUUCAAGCCAGCUGCAUGAGGUGACAACAAAACUGGGAACUGAUCUAAAAGACUGAAGUGUGGUGACCCUCGUAGUCGAUGUAACACAACUCAACCAGGUCACGUAUCAUUCCUGUGUCUCUGCAACAAUCUAAUGGCCUGAAUAAAAACUUUUAUCAACCUCC